CUGACGGCGCGGGCCAAACAGAGUUCAGAGCAGCACGCUCGUCUCCGCUCUCCGUGUCACAAGAAGAAAAAAAGGGACUGGAAAAAGCAGCAAACGCGGAGGUUAAAGUCCACCUGAGCCCCGCUUGAACACCUGGAAAGUGGUUUGGCCUGACUGAGAAGACGCUUUUAAUCUGAAUGAGAGAGGCUUCCAAGUCUGUGACGGGAGAGAAGGGGCCUCGUCUCGGCGCUCCGGUGCACCUCGCUGCUUGUUUCCCCCUCCGUGCGCUAGGCUAGCUCGCUCCUAGCUAGCUCACAUGCAGUCCUGUGCAAGACUUAACUAACACCUGCGGAGAUUCACCCGGAGCUGCGACGCAAAACCGAGCUGAACUUGGCUUUGCCUCGCAGGGGCCUGUGCGUAAAAAGGGUUACAUGCACGUUUUUGCGCGUACGCACCAUUUUAAUUCGCAGCGGAGGAAAGCGCGUCCUGCAAAAACAAGGAAGUCUGAAUGAACUUUGAGGGUAGCCUGCUAGUUAGCCGCCGGAUAGCUGUGCUCAUUGUGUUGCUGCUGCAGCUGUGUGUGUGCAUGUGUGUGUGUGUGUGUGCAGCCUCACCAUCUGCCCUGCAUCCCCGAUUAAUUACCUCUGAAAGCACCGGGUGUCCAGUCUCCCUCUACGCGUAAACCAAGCCGGGCUGCUGCGGGAGGUCGUCGGGUCGCUGCGUAUCCCUGACGCCUGCGAGGCUGCCUUACCGACAAAAUCAACCCCAAACUCAAGUAAAACGCUUUCUAAAACAAACAAACAAACAAACAAAAUGAUUCCCGACAAAGCACCGAAGGAGGAUGUUUUCCACGGAGCGGCAGACCUGAAGAAGGAGGCUCACAUCGCCAACUUUGAGAAAUACAAAGAGCUCUAUGUGAAGUCCAUAGAGAACCCUGAUGAGUUCUGGGGCGACAUCGCCAAAGACUUCUUCUGGAAGACCAAGCACGCGGGCCAGUUCCUCGACUACAACUUCGAUGUGACCAAAGGGGAAAUCUUCAUCAAGUGCAUGGAAGGAGCCUCCACCAACAUCUGCUACAACCUGCUCGACCGCAACGUCAAUGAACACAAACUGGGGGACAAAGUGGCCUUCUACUGGGAAGGUAAUGAGCCUGGCGAUGAGUUGACGGUGACCUACAGAGAGCUGCUCCGGAGGGUCUGCCAGUUCGCCAACGUCCUCAAGUCCCAGGGAGUGAAGAAGGGCGACCGUGUGUCCAUCUACAUGCCCAUGGUGGUGGAGCUGGUGGUGGCCAUGCUGGCCUGCGUCCGAAUCGGAGCCGUGCACUCCAUAGUGUUUGCAGGUUUCUCGGCUGAGUCUCUGUGUGAGAGGAUCAUGGACUCGCAGUGUUCGCUGCUCAUCACAGCGGAUGGGUUCUAUCGAGGAGAUAAGCUGAUCAACCUGAAGCUGAUAGCUGACGAAGCACUGCAGAAAUGCAGAGACAAGGGUUUCCCACUACAGAGGUGUAUCAUGCUGAAACACUUGUCUAAAGAAGCAGAAGAGACUCCUUUGGGCUCCCAGUCGCCUCCAGCCAAACGCGCCUGUCCUGAUCUGCAGCAGGAGAAACAGACAGGGAGAGUAAAGAAAACGCGUCCUGUUCCCCAGGUCCCAUGGAACCCGGAGGUCGACUUGUGUUGGUUCACUCUGUUGUGUGGCGUGUCGGACGAGUGUGAGCCGGAGUGGUGCGACUCUGAAGACCCGCUCUUCAUCCUGUACACCAGCGGCUCCACUGGCAAACCUAAGGGCGUUCUUCACACGGUCGGCGGCUACAUGCUGUACGCCGCCACCACCUUCAAGCUGGUGUUUGACUACCAGCCUGACGACGUGUACUGGUGCACGGCAGACAUCGGCUGGAUCACGGGCCACUCCUACAUCACCUACGGCCCGCUGGCCAACGGCGCCACCAGCGUCCUGUUUGAGGGCCUGCCCACUUACCCCGACGUGAGCCGCAUGUGGGAGAUUGUGGACAAAUAUCACGUGAGCAAGUUCUACACGGCUCCCACCGCCAUCCGACUGCUGAUGAAGUACGGCAGCGAGCCGGUGCAGAAGUACAAGCGUCAGUCUCUGAAGGUGUUGGGUACCGUCGGCGAGCCCAUCAACCCCGAGGCCUGGCAGUGGUACUACACCGUGGUGGGAGAGAAGAGAUGUCCCAUCGUCGACACGUUCUGGCAGACAGAAACUGGUGGCCAUGUGUUGACUCCCCUGCCUGCCGCCACACCCAUGAAGCCUGGAUCUGCUACGUUCCCGUUCUUUGGAGUGGUGCCGGCCAUCCUGAACGAGUCGGGAGAGGAGCUGGAGGGGCCGAGCGAAGGAUACCUGGUCUUCAAGCAGCCGUGGCCCGGCGUCAUGAGGACCGUGUACGGGAACCACCAGCGGUUUGAGACCACCUACUUCAGGAAGUUCCCGGGGUACUACGUCACCGGAGACGGUUGCCGUAGAGACGAGGACGGCUACUAUUGGAUCACAGGGAGGAUUGACGACAUGCUGAACGUCUCAGGACACUUGCUGAGCACGGCGGAGGUGGAGUCGGCUCUGGUGGAGCACGAGGCGGUGGCGGAGGCGGCCGUGGUGGGCAGACCUCACGCCGUCAAAGGAGAGAGCCUGUACUGCUUCGUAACGCUGACCGACGGAGUGACGUACAGCUGCUCGCUGGAGGCUGAGCUCAAAAAACAGGUGAGGGAGAAGAUCGGUGCCAUCGCCACACCGGACUACAUCCAGAAUGCUCCGGGACUCCCCAAGACCAGAUCUGGUAAGAUCAUGCGGCGGGUGCUGCGUAAGAUCGCCCGUAACGACCGGGACCUGGGCGACGUCUCCACGCUGGCCGACUCCUCGGUCAUCGAGCAGCUCUUCCAGAACCGCUGCUGCACCGCGGUGUGACGGCCACGCCUGCAGGGGGCGCCGUGCAGAGCCUUUUGAAGGAGGCCCAGGAAGACCGAGGCUGCACGCCAGCAGCCACACACACACACACACAAUCAGGGAAAAGGAUCAAGAGGAGAAAUUCCACCAUGAGUGACGGCUGUGAAGUCGAGGCGGUCUCGGUCUUGUCCAGUAAACAACCCUCAGCUCCUGACGGUGUGCUGCAGAGCCCUCUUACACUCUGAUAUAGAGUUAAUGUAAUAAAGAUGUGAUUAUCAGGGCUGAGACUUCUGCAUCCCAACUUUCACUAACCAUGAUCACCGUUUCACCAGCGAACACCUUCUCCAAGAGAGAGAGAGCUGGGAGAAUAAUCUAGAAGCAAUCUGGUCUCUAAAUUAAUAGUAUUUCUUGACAACAAAUAAUAAUAAAAAAAAAAAAAAUCUCAGGAAUUAAUUGCCAUAGGUGGGGGCUGCCGGAGGUUGUUUCUGGGUAGGAUCUAGCUGUGUGGAAAACAAAAUCAAUAUAACAGGGUAACAGCUCACUUGGUUUUAUUCCAGUGUUUUAACUUUGCACUUCCUGUGCAGCUGCUACGCCCUGCAGAUUCACUCCAGUGUGUGUGUGUGUGUGUGUGUCAUGUGAUGGAGAGAGUUACACGCUGUGGCGUCACCACACUGAUAUAUUGAUAAAUCUAUGGAUUAAUCCACUGGAAUAAGGCCACCGUGAAGUGAUACCCGUCGUCUCCUGAUACACAGUGCUGUUCUGUCCACUUAGACCUGAGAAAGCUCAACACUGCUAGUUUUAAUUUCUAUUGUUGUGUUUUUUUCUUUCUUUAAACAAAUAUGUAGAUCUGGGUCGCUAUGUUGUUUUUUUUUUUUUUUUUUUAUGUUGAUUCAUUGUUUGACGUAGGAUUGGUUUGGUCUGUCCGUCUACACUCCUGUCUGUUUUUAGUCGCCGAGACGAGAUCCGGCUCUCCGUCGGUCUGGUGGAAAUUCAAAGGGAGUUUGCUGUCGCUGUGCAGCUCCAUUCAGCUCAUCACUUUCCCUCCAAACCAACUUUUUGUAGCUCUGAUGUUGAGGAACGGUGUCUGUCAGACUGUAAGGAAACUCCUAAAAAAAACUCUCAAGCAAAAGAAAUCUGCACGUUGCUGUGUGGCCAGUGGAUGGUCAAGUGAUUUGAAUGCAGACGCCUCAUUUCACUGAAUCCAAUCCAAUAAUGUGUGAGCGCCAUUUUGAAAUUAGAGAAAAAUCACCCUCAGUAGUUGGUGGACUCGACAGAAACUUGAAGGUUUGUGUUGCCCUGCCUCUGUUGUAUCAUAUAACCUUUAGAAUAAUGUUAAAGAUGAUUAAUUGUUGUGUAUGUAAACGUUCAAUAUAACAAAAUCUGAUCUAAAAGGUUGUGGAGCAGUGGUUUAAAGGAAUCCUCCAGCCUUUUGGCCAAUAUUGCCUUUUUCCGACGUACCCAGACUGAGACGAGAUGUUUGGGAGCGUCUCAGGUUCAUUUCCUGUGGGUGGCGUUUCAUGCGUUUUUAAACUUAGCUCUGUCAAAGUGAAAAAAUAAACCUUACAGCAGCUCUGAAGCUGUCUUCUGUACAAAGUGGAUCAUGUAUAUAUGAAAUACACAUGUUGCAAUUAAAAUAAAAAUUUUAAAAAAGUUGUUUCUGGAGAAGUUAAACGGUGGAACCGCUGAACAUGUUUAUUGUUCCGUCCAUGGCAGUGAUCCACACACGGCUGAAGGUUUCGAUCCGGCGCACAUUCACUACUCAUGAUGUGAUGUGUUUUUCAAAUCCACACGAUACGCUGUGUGAAUCAGACAGCUCUAGAGCUGCUGUAAGGUUUAUUUUUCCACUUUGACGGAGCCAGGCUAAUGACUCCUAUAGACCACAAGUCUUUAUGCUAAGCUAACAUGAAAUGCCACCCAUAGGAAACGAACCAGUGGACGCACAGAGGUGAAAAUGGUGUCCAACAUCGUGUCUCAGUCUGGGGAAGUCAGGAAAAGGGGAUUUUACCCCAAACAUCAGAGUUUUCCCUUAAGUGAUGUUCCUGUGGCUCCAUAAUCAAGUUAUGCUGAGAGAGGGGCGAGUGUUUCUCGUUCUCUUUCCACAGGCAGGCGCUCAACACCAACGGCCUCCCAAACAUUUUUCUGCCUGAGACGGCUUUCUGUCUUACAAGUUACAGCAACGUACAGAGAAACCUGAAACAUGUGAUUAAGGUAAAACAGUCAUUUUCACCUCUGAUGCAGGAGCUGAUUCAGGGCCUGGAGUGUUUGUAAUCUUAGUUUAGUUUCCUUUAUAGACAUCUGAUUAUGAGAUUUGAUUGAUUGUAACUUCAGAGAGAGAAGGAUGAACCCAAAAGCAGGACCUUGUAUAGAUUCUUCAGUAUCGACCUGUCAUUAUUUUAUUUUUUUAAUGUGUUGCUGUGUGUGUCUCUACGUGCCAACCUAAGUAACAGUGGAAAUGGGUGUACCAAGCUUGUAAUCAAGUCAAAUGUAUUUAAAUAAUGCAGCUAUUUGUUUGAUUUGAAGAGCUUAUUUUUCUGUCUGUAUAAUAAGUAACUUGGGUGAAAGAGAUUUUUGCUGUUUUUUUUCUGUUUGUCUCAGUUUUAUGUUUUUUUUUUUUUUUUUUUUGCUCCCCUUUGUAUAAAAGUGUAUGCAGUGACAGUAAAUGAACAUGACUACUGCCUGUAC